UUAUGUCCCCGUUAGGGUGAAUAUUUGUGAACAUUCGCGCGUUUUGCCCCAGAGAUGCCGUGCUCGAUUGUAGGGCGUCACCCAGGCCCUGCUGCAGGGGUUUCGCACCAUGCGUAUUCCUGCCCUUAACCCCCGAGAUCCUGGAUUCCAAGAACACACGUGCCCGCAGUCCCUCCUCCCACGCUGACCGCGCCGCGCCGGCACGGAGCACUGCAGAGCCGCGAUGACCCGCGCAUUCCUGCUGCAGGAUGACGUCAUGGGUCGGUCAGGCCGGGUCGCCUCGCGCGCUCCAUCUCUUCUCGGGCCAGAUCGCCGCACAGCGACUCCUCACGGCUUCCGGACGCGGGUGCGGGCCGCGGUCGCCGCGCUCCGUCCGGUCUCCGGGGCCGGCCUCGCGCGGGGAGAGCCCGGGUUUCGACACGGGGCGGUCGGCGGGCAGCGGCCCCUCGCCCUCAGGACGCCCCGCUUCACCUCCCGCCCGCAGGGCCCGGGACCGGCCGCGGGGAGCCCGGGCGGGGCUCGCUCGGGUCCCGGGGCCGGGCCGAGCCUUGGCCGGCGGCAGGGCGGUUCGCUCGGGGCCUCCAGCGGCAGAAGCACCGCCGAGGUCCGCGGCCCGGGAGGGUUCGAAGCUGCGAGCGACCGGCCGCCGGGGCCGCCCCUUUCCCGCCGCCGGCCGCGGGCGGAGGCUCGGCUCGCGCGGGCGUCGGUUAACCGGAGGGUCCGGCGGCGCUGCCCCCCCGGCCCGGCUCCCGGAGGACGCGAGCGCAGCGGCGGGCGGCGAGGCCCCCCCGGCCCCUCCGCACAGCCCCGCAGCCGGCCGGGAAAGCCCCGCGCGCGGCGCCCGCCGGAGGCCCGGGACCGCCCCACGCCGCUGCCGCCCGGAAGUGAGGCCAGAUCCCCGGGACUACAGCUCCCAGAGACCCGCUCCCUCGCCCCAGCGGAUUGGCUCGCUGCGCCGUCCAUCAGCCACCCGCCGCGGGAAGACGGCUGCGACGGCGCUCAGCGACCAAUCACGAGAGCGAGGAGGCGGGCGCUCCCCGGCCGAUCGGCCGCCUGUAGACCAGGCGUGGCGGGACGCUAACGGACUGGGUUCUUCGGGGUGGGCGAGAGGGGACAGGCCGGCCCUCGAGACGUGGGGACCUGGGACAGAAGCGCCCUUUUGCUCCGAAGACGCUGGUCUCCGCGGGGCCGGCCCCGCCGGGUCUCGCCUCGCCCGCAUCGCUCAUUGGCUCCCCCGGGACACGUGGGUGGGGGAGGCGUGGACACAGCGGCGUGGGCCGGCGGCCGCGGGGGCAGGAGAGGCCCGCGGACCCGGGCGUGGGGCCGCAUGGACACGCUGGUGCUGGGCCGGUGGCGACGGCGGAGGGCGGAGGAGCUUCAGGUUCCGGGGGACGCGAAGCUCGUGCUUGUCGGUCCUUUCUUCUUAGCCUGAGACGAGAAAACGCCACCAGAUGGAACCAAGGGAAACGUCACUGCUUCUGUGAGAAUCAGAUCACGCCUGUCCGUUUGGCCCAGAGUGAGUGAAACUGCGAGGAGAUGGUGCCGUGGGUCAGAAGCACUUUAAGGAAAACGUCACGUAGACUCGCUCGGAGCCGCUCGGCUGCACCCACGUGCGUGCUGCCUUCUGUGGGUGGACGGCGCUGCCAGGGACAUCUUAACCACACCGAGAGCCAGUAGGAGUGCCAGCUGGAAGGUUCUGUCUGUGUGCCAACGAGGGUCGCCCUCAGCAUGGACUGGGUGCCCACCCGUCCCACCGCAGCCCGCGUGCCCUGGGCGGGAGGUCCCACCGCCUGCCGCGCGAGUCAGGAGGACCCUGUCGCCUCAGAGGAGUCUUCAGCCCGGCGUCCCCGCCGCACCUUUCAGACGUCUGUCUCUUUCUUGACGAGGAAAUCGUUUGCCUCGUUUAAAAGUUAAAAAAAAAAUGUCAGUGUCAAAUUUCCUGUGAGGUUUGAGGACCGUGUGGCCUCUGGAACGGUAUCCGGAUGUGGCCCUGCUUUCACACUUUCCCGUCGUUUUGUGGAUGGAUCCGGGGCUGCUCGGGUACUCUUUUGUAAUUAAAAGUCUUAUUUUUAUAUUUAAAAUGCUCUAUAAUCUUACACUAAAUUUCAGUGAAUGCGGGUAUCCAGUCUGUUCUGUGUAAUUCCCCAAAUGAAGUUAUCAGACACAGAGCCUCUUUUAUAUUAAAAUGGAAAUUUCUCAUU